CGUUAGCCAUGCCAGCAAUAUCCGAGUCGGAGCGUAUGUGCGCGUCAUGCAGGUGAAAUAGUGUUCAUCUCGGGUGUCACUUUCCGAUUCGAUGACAAAGUUUGAAUACUCACAAUAUAUCACACUUCGUCAUCAGUUGAUUUUAUCAACCUGGACAACUUUGCGAUGAGCUGUAUAUAUAACGGAGCAUCCCUCUAAUCACUCUCGACCCUCUUCUAACCAUCCCCAAGUAUGAGCUUCUGCAAGGAUUGUAUCCAAGGCGUACGUCACGAGGGUGAACCUUCAGGAACACUCGAGACCAUCGACGGUGUCGCUUGCUACGUCGCCACCCCUACCGUCGAUUAUGCCAAGGACAAAGUCAUCCUCCUCCUACCGGACGCCUUCGGUAUCGAGCUCAUCAAUGCUCAGCUCCUGGCUGAUGACUUUGCCAAAAACGGCUUCAAGGUCGUCGCGAUCGACUAUUUAAACGGCGAUUGUGUUCCCGCUGAUAAGAGUCAGACCUUGAACGUUAAAUCAUUCGAUUUCUACGGAUGGCUUGCCGCCAUAGCGCCGAGGUCACUCGCCCUCCACUCGACAAGGUCAUCGCUGCGCUCAAAGAGGAAGGCGUUACCAAGUUUGGAGCCACGGGUUACUGCUUCGGCGGUCGUUACAACCUUUGACCUCGCAUUCGACAACGUUAUCCAAUGCGCUGUCGUCUCCCACCCCUCGCUUUUGAAUAUCCCAGCCGACCUCGAGACAUACUUUUCCAAAUCAGCAGCGCCUCUCCUGAUUAACUCAUGCGAGAACGAUAUAAUGUUCUCUGCAGAAGUUCAGGCAAAGGCCGAUGAGAUUUUUGGCGAUGGGAAGUUUGCUCCAGGAUACAGGCGCGAAUACUUUCCUGGAUGCACGCAUGGGUUUGCUGUCCGUGGUGAUUUGAGCGACCCACUGGUCAAGGCUGGGAAAGAGGGAUCAUUCCUGGCUAGCGUAGAGUUCUUCCUGGCGCACCUGUGAGCUGCAUGUUCAGGGUGUUGCAGGAGGUACAAUUCAACCUCAAAUACAAUGAUAAUGAUAUACAAGCACUUUUACUGUUGUUAUAUUUUUACGGAAGCCCUCAUCCUCAGUGGUGGAAGAGCCUGAGCGAGGUGUGUGCAAACACCAUCUCAUGCUCAUCUGCGGCCUUGAUACACUCCUCGUCCAUCACACUUCCGCUAGGGGCAGCGAGGUACCUCACUCCGCUCUUCCUAGCCCGGUGUACAUUAUCCGCAAAUGGGAAAAACGCGUCACUCGAACACGCAACCCCGUCUAACUUCACCGC